UGUGUGUGUUGCUGUUUGUUGUUUGUUGUUUGAGUGUGAUUUCAGUUUCUGUUUGCUUAUUUGUGUAGGUGAGUUCGGUGUUGUGGUGUUAACUAGAAAAGUUUUUUUCCAUUGCUUGUUUUGUUUUCGGUUUUGUUUGAUUGUUGGUGGAUACUUGGCCACUUGUGAUAUGUUUGGUUCUUAAUUAUAAGUGAUCUUCCAAAUUGGUGUAGGAAGAGACCCGUUGUGCACUUCAACACCCGGGGCUAUCAAACAGGGGACCUUUGCAGUUGGUUGCGUAUGCUAAUGCGUGCACAACCGACCAGUGGUACGGUCCAUUCGCGACCGCUUAGGCCACAACAUUACUCGGUCGGGAUCAAUUAUGUGGUUGCGGGGUUCGAGUACAUCCGAGUACCGGUGCCCGUAGAGGAGGAUGGGAUUACUACACUCUGGGAAACGAAAGGUAGCUUUGUGCAAUGGCCAUAUGAUUGGGUAAGGUUGAUCAACGAGAUUUCGAAGAAAAGCCAAACUUCAAAGAGAAGGAGGGUAGAGCAGCCUAAAAGCAUUGAUCAAUCGGUGCCAAAGAAGAGAAGUGAACAACGGUCGGAGAGUGAAAAAGCGUCGAAGAAGAACUCUUCGAGAGGUUCAGCUAUGCAAGCUACUCCACUUGUUGCAGACACGGUCCUUCAAUCGCUCUCUAAAGAUUUAACUUAUCUACACAACCGUGUUAGUAUGUUGCCUAGUGACACUCCCGUUCAAGUUGCACUACCUAAGGCAUUGUUCCACUAUGAUACACUACUACAUUUUUUAUCUAUUGCAACCCCCAAAUCCGUUGCAUUAGGCGUCAAAAUCCGUGGCAUUAGGCCUAAUGCAACGGCCAUGUACCGUGGCAUCUGCUGGCGUUGCAGUAGGUCUAAUGCAACAACAUAUGACACCUAA